AUGUGUAUUGGCUGUGAACUGGUCGGAGGCCAAAUGCACAUCCAAAUGCCACUACGAUUACGGAAGGAGGCUGAUGGCAUGGCGCAUCCCCGAAAAGGUAAUCCGAAUGAGACGAUCAAACUCGUCUUGUUUCAUUACAGUGGCUGGAAUAAUUACGAUCCAUUUCGUCCGGAUUUCAAUCCACUUCCACCAGAUUUCUUCAAUCCCGUGGAGAUCAAUCAAGCAGUUGAAAGGGCCGUUGAAAACGCUGGCAGAUCUGGUGGAAUCAUCGUCAACUCAAUAAAUGGAGUUACAACUGUACAAGCAAUAAUCGGCGGCAGGCCAUAUACAGCUGUGUUUCCUGCCGGUUCGAUUUCCACCUUUAGAAACGAUUAUGCCCGGAACGGAAAUUACUACGAAGUGUUUACGAUUGUAAUCAACGGCUUUCCUUAUAUCUAUACAACCGUGAACGGUCGCACAACUGUCACCGACGGCCGGGGCCGAGUGCUCCGAAAUGGUGGUCCUUUUCGUGUCCUAUCUGGGUAG